CAUAUAAAUUUAAUAUAGACUACUUUUUAUACACUUAUAACCUGUAGUUUGGAAAUAAACAACUCUGUUCGUUUUGCUACGAAUUAUUUAUUGUGCUUAGAUAAAUAGUUUGUAAAUUGUUUAAACUUUAACUAAAAAUGCCGAAUUGGAAUCAAAUUCAAUCGCAAUUGCGACACCCCGCCAAUCCUGUUGUUUUCUUUGAUGUUUCUGUUGGAACGACGGAAAUUGGUAGAAUGAUAUUUGAAUUAUUUGCUGACGUUGUGCCUAAAACAAGUGAAAACUUUCGUCAGUUUUGCACCGGAGAAUUCCGAAAAGACGGCGUUCCUUUGGGUUAUAAAGGAGCAAGUUUUCAUCGAGUUAUCAAAGAUUUUAUGAUUCAAGCUGGUGAUUUUGUGAAUGGUGAUGGAACUGGUGUAAUGAGUAUUUAUGGAGGAAGCACAUUUGCAGAUGAGAACUUUGCAUUGAAACAUGAUACACCAGGUCUACUCUCAAUGGCAAACAGUGGUAAAGAUACUAAUGGCUGCCAGUUCUUUGUUACAUGUGCUAAGUGUAACUUUCUGGAUGGAAAGCAUGUUGUUUUUGGGAGAGUUAUUGAUGGACUUUUAGUGAUGAGGAAAGUUGAAAAUGUUCCCACAGGACCAAACAACAAACCCAAAAUACCUGUAACAAUCAUUCAAUGUGGGCAAAUGUAAUUAUUUAUAACAAUUAAAUAUUAUUUUAAGUUAAAA